AUGCAAACAUUAACUCCAUCACCUUGUCACAUCAUUCAUCUCAUCGAUUUCAAAUUGACCGAUGACUCCAACGUAGACCAUCAUUACGGAUUGAUCAAAGAUGAUUCGUUUUUUGAGUGUAUCCGAAAUCUUCAACUCAUGUUCAAGGAUCAGCGCAGCAAGACAUUACUCAAAAAUCAUCUUGUGCAUGAAAUUAAAAAAAAUCAUAAUGUGUAUACUUUACAAAUAGUCAAUAGUGAGGAUGAUUAUUUAAAAUCACUACGUUUUGAUAGAGACAUUGUUGCAUCUGUAGUACAUGUUAAUCCAAGCAAACUAUUUGAAUUUAGCAAGAUUCCUCACUUGAUUAGAGAUCCAGUGAUCGUGAAAAGUGCAAUAGAAAGCACGAAUUUAAAUCAAGUAGAUGUGUUGCAAUAUAUUGACAGUUCAUUCUACAAGGAUCGAGAGCUCAUGUUGAAAAGUCUUUCACAUGGAAUAUCUUCCUAUGUCAAGUAUUUUGAUGCUUCAUUGAUCAAUGAUAGAGCAUUUUUAUUGGAAUGCGUGAAAGUGUGCAGUGGAACUUAUAGACACUUGUCUCGAGAGUUUCAACAUGACCAUGAAAUUACAAAACUUGCCUUUUCAAAUGAUUUUUCAGGUGAAGCCUUUAAAUAUGCACCUUCCAAGUUCGUAUCUAAACGAAAAUAUGUGUUAUUGGCAGUUUCUAGUUGUGGGAAGAGUUUACAACGAGCUUCCAAACCUUUAAGGAAUGAUGUAGAAGUUGUUCUCACUGCUGUGAAACAAAAUGGUCUUGCAUUAGAAUUUGCACAUUCCAAUCUCAAAAGUCAUUAUGAAAUUAUUCGAAAUGCAGUGAAACAAAAUGGUCUAGCGUUGAGUUUUGUGAAAGAUCUACUACAAUCAUUGUUGUUGCAUGAUGAAGCUCUCAUCCUCGAUGCAUUGAACAGUGAAUUAAGAGCCUAUAAAUUCUUGACCAAAUCCAUGAGAUUGAAAUAUGCCAAGAGGUUAGGUCAUUUAUACUUUCCAAUGAAUAUCAAGGCUUUAUAUGCGUCUGAUAAAAAAGCACAUAUUGUAUUGGGUGGUCGACCCUGUCAGACGGUAGCAACGAGAACUUCCAAAGCGGGAAAGCAUGGAGCGGCUAAAACCUACAUUGAUGCCAUUGAUUUGUUUAAUGGGAGAAGAAGAGAAAAUAUAUUUUCAGCCACAAGUGAAAUUCAAGUACCUUUUGUCUUUGAGGAUGAGUAUUGUGUGGUCAUGAUGAUGAUCAAAUGA